UUUUGUGACACUGUUUCCCGCGCAAGUUUGAAGAUGGCGUUGCGAGAAAAUGGCGCCCAGUCGUUCAAGAGGCCAGUAAGAAGCGCGAAGGCUGCUUUAGUACACUCAGAGGAACUUUUAAAAUUGUGCGACAAGCUUCCUAAAGUUCCCAAACGGGUAUGUAACCUUUCGUUUACCUUCUGUGAUGUGGUUUUGUCUUUUAAUUUCGCUGAGAUACAAAUGAUCGUUAAUCAAUCAAUUACAAAACUUCGUAGCCUGUGUACAGCCGCCCGGCUGCACACAGGCUAAUCUUACAAGUUUCAUUCAGGCUCUAACAUAAGCUUUUAAAAUUUCUCAUACUCACAGGCAUCGUUAACGCAUUCUCUCAUCAAAGCUUAUGGACUUCUCGAAAAUAUCAGGUACUCUGAUUACAAUUUAAUUUCGUGUAUUUACUCCCGAAAGUUAAGCCAAAUCACAGUCAAUCCUGUUUCAUAAAAUACCUGUAUUAAUUUUAAUAAGACCAAAAAGAAUUAAUCUGUUGACAUCUGAAUUAUUUCUAUGAAUAACAAAGUUUUUUUUUCCUGAAUAAAAAGAUCAAUUGAUUCGACUCCAUUCUGAUCCAUCAUUAAAUUUCAUCGGUGAACUAUUUUUGAUUUUAAUUUGUGUAAACAACAUACGUUAACCACUUCAAUUUUAUAGCGUACCUGCAAAGGAGAGCAGGUAAGCUUGUGUUUAAAAUUUAUAUUGUACCUGGUUGGUUAUCAGUUUUGUCAGAUCGUACUUGAACUGUAAGUCAAUGGCAUCACAGGUGUCUAGUCUAACUUCAACCACCUGAUUUAAACUAUGGCACAUUAUUUUUCGAUUAACAACACUUGAUUGAUACAAAAAAACUCUCUAUGUCUCUGACAGAAUUAUUCAGCCUAGGAGGGCAACAGUUCAUGAGCUUUCUGCAUUUCACUCUAUGGAUUACAUAGAGUGCUUGCAAAAGUUAACAAAUUGUGAUGAUUGUGAAGAUAUGGAGGCCGAGACAGCUUCAGAUUAUGGCUUAGGUUUGUAUAAUAUCAUGAUCUUGGAGAUGAAAUGGGGGUAAUUGAGGUUAACAUGUCACUAUUGGUAGAGUGCCUCCCAAUCACAUCAUUCCCGUAGACAAGAAACUUUGUCCCAUUGUGUAUUCAUUCACUUAUCUUCACUUAGGUAUCCAAUAACAUAUACUACUGAGUGUAACCCUUUUUUAGACAAGCAUCCAUAUUGAGGGGGGCAGGUACUCUUUGUUACAAAAAACUGGAUAAGCUCCAGCCAUGUUAGCUCUAUGGCUGUUUACACUGUAUUGUCCUUUUACCUAAUAUUAUCAGUGGUAUUUAAUUAAUUGGUAGAAAUAUUUUGUUGUAGGUAGAAAUUAAAUUCAGGUUGAAUUUGAUUUUUAGAGAUAGAAAAUAAGAACCUGUAAAAUCAAAUUUUAAACUAAACAGGUUCUUCGUGGUUCUUACAAUCUUGAAAAGGUCUUGAAUUUUAUUAGUCUUCUUGAAAAGUCCUUGAAUUCGUUAAAGUUCCUUGAAGAUUAGUUGAUUUCUUUAUUAGGUCUUGAAAAGUCCUUGAAUUUCUCUACUUUCUUAUUUCUGUUUGUUUAUUUCAAAUGCUAUUUCCGUACUUCAGUUACAACUGCAAGUCGUACCCAAACCAUGGUCAUUCUCCAAAGUUUUGUUAUGGAAACUAAUAUAAAAAUAAUAACCUAAACUAAACUGAUCAACCAUGGGUUAGAAGGGAAAAAUUCGCAAAUGACAUCUGUUGAGUGUUUUAGCCGGUAAGGUGUUCAAACGGUGGUCGAAGAAAGCCAAGUUACUGAAGCAAUCUUAAACCUGGAAAACUUUAAUUUGUCCUUGAAAAGUCCUUGAAUUUUUUUGUCUGAAGUUGUACGAACCAUGUUCUUGUAUUGAGAGGGGGUAUAACUGCAAAUUUUAUCCAAACAGGUUCUUAAAAACCAGCUAGGUUCUUAUUUGCAGGUUUUUACUUUAUUUGUCUUUGAUGUCAUUUCCUUUAGGUUUUGAUUGUCCAGUGUUUGAUGAAUUAUUUAACUGUGUGUGCAAUGUGGCUGGAGCUACUUUGGCUGCUACAGAAAUGCUGAAUAAAAGGGAGUGCAAUAUAGCAAUUAAUUGGCAGGGUGGCUGGCAUCAUGCACAGAGGUACGAUUUCUUUUAAUGCUCCACAUGUUGAUUUAAUAUUAUUUAAAAAUAAUAACUGAUACCAUUGAACACAGUUCAAACUUUUCUUUCUUUCUUGUGAUUGUCCCAAACCAAUGCUCAUAAAAAAUCCCAAAGUUAAUUCUGUAAAACUCUGCAUCAAAUUCCCGAUAACUGGAACCUUUUUCAAUUUCCCUAGAGGGUUCAAGUUAUCAGACAUUGACUGUAUAUACAGUGCUGACAGAUACAUUGUCUUUCCAGGCAUGAAGCAGCUGGUUUCUGCUACAUCAAUGAUGUUGUGUUAGGUAUUCUUAAGCUACGUGAGAAGUUUGAUCAAAUUCUUUACGUUGACAUUGAUCUGCACCAUGGAGAUGGUUAGUGUCUGUCUUUACCUUUAACGUCCAAGAAUUCUAAAAUGUUUUUUGCUCUGUAAAUGCAUGGAGUUGACUAAGACUAGUGAUUUAUUUUUGCUAUAAUUUUAGAAAGCAAGAGACCUGAUAGGAACUACAAUAAGCAACAAAAUUGUUAAGACGUGUUCCUCAAAUGGCCGAAGAAACUUCUGAGAACAAAACAAUUCACACCCCUCCCCCCUACUCCCCUCCACUCAAAGCUGGGGUGUUUGUUUUUUCCUACAGGUAGCACAAACCGCGACACAAUAUUGCAUGGAAGGGGUGGGAUAGGGAAAGCUUAAGGUAAAGGUCAAAAAGGCCCCUUAGGGCAAAGUGUCUUAACUAAUUUUGUUGGUGACUGUAGAUCUCAAUAUCAGAAACUUUGAGAGCCUAGUUUGUUCCCUCCCAAAAUAGCAACCAAAAAGUGAAAAUAAAAGAAAUAAAUCAUAAUUAUCGUGAACUUGGUCCAAAAGGAUAAAACAAUUACUGUAACAUUCCUUUGCUUCUGGUAGGUGUUGAAGAUGCUUUUUCUUUUACUUCCAAAGUGAUGUCUGUGUCAUUUCAUAAAUAUUCUCCAGGAUUUUUCCCUGGUAAGUAUUUACACUUUUUACCAUGCUUUCAAUUACCUGGUACCUUGUUUUCCUUGACCUCUUUACUGUUGUGGGGAGCCGGCCCAAACAUUUAAGGCUUAAAAUUAGUCAGCAAAGGCCACCGGGUGCUGCUGGCAUGUUUUCCUUAAUAAAUUAUAUGCUAAAAUGGGAGUAACAUUCACUGCGAAAAUUGUGGCUCUUAGAAUCGUACAGUAUGUCACAUUUUUAUUAACAACUUAAAGGAACAUUGAUACUAUUGAUUUGCAGGUACUGGUUCCUGUUUAGAUGUCGGGGAAGGAAAAGGAAAAUAUUACUCACUCAACAUACCUCUUAAGGAUGGAAUAAGAGAUAAGCCCUUUACAGAACUGUUUUUCAAGUGAGUACCGUGUAUUAUUUAAGAAAAUGGUUAACUAUUACAGUCAACUCUCCCUAAGACAGACACCUUUGGGACCAGUACUAUGUGUCUGCCUUAGAGAGAAGUCCGUCUUAUAGAGAGUCAAAUAAGGGGAGUAAAGAAAAGCAGGGACCUAGGUGUCCGUUUUACAGAGGUGUCUGUCUUAUAGAGGUGUCCAUCAAGAGAUGGUUGACUGUACUAUUAUUAUUAGUUUUUAUUUCUUGUGAGAAUUUUAAGAAGACAUUGAUUUCCUCUGCACCACUCUCUAUAUAUUUUCAAGGCAACUAAGGAGCUUGAAAUCCCUUUGAUAAUCAAAACAGAAUUUUUAAUUUUUAUCUUCAGUGGUGUUCAGUUACCAGUACCUCUUUUUCAUGACCUUUAUUUUUGGUUCAACAGUAAAUUUUUCAGGGAAUUGAAUGUUGGUCAGCAAAAAGCCUGAAAGGCCAUGGACCACUGCAUCUUAAUACACCCACAGAGGUGCAAAGUGGUAGACUAAAGGGGAGUUAACUCUAAGGGUGCCUGUGGCCCCUUUUCCUAAUUUUUAAGAAAAGUAAUGAACGGAACUAAAAGAAAUUUCACUCUGAGAUAAAAAUAGUUCAGUCACUUCUUCUUCAUGGUUAGCCCAUUAAUCUCCAAUGGCUUCUUUUUCUGUACACAAAAGGUAUUAUUGUCAUCUUUAGGUUGAAAUUAACAAUGGUUGUUGGUUGAAAUGGUUGAAAUAUUCUCUUUUUCAGGGUUAUGUCAGAGGUAAGGACAAGAUUUAAACCGAGUGCAGUUGUUUGUCAGUGUGGAGUUGAUACACUUGCCGGUGAUCCUAUGGCAUCCUUUAAUCUCACCCAACAAAGCAUUGGAGAGUGUGUUAAAUACCUCAUGAACUGGAACUUGCCUCUUCUGCUUCUUGGUGGGGGUAAGUUGUGAGCAGUUAACCCUAAUACUCAACAGGGAUCAAGUUUAUCAGUUUUGGACAAGCAGCUCUCUCAUUUUGCUUGCCUUCCAGGGCCAUUCCUUGCUUGUUGCCAUUGUUGAUUUAGUUAUACAAGGUGACUUGCUCAGACCCUUGAAGUCAAGUGAGGCAAGUGAGCUUCAAACGUUACUUAUUUGCCCAGCAAGAAAAUCGGAUCAAUUUAGGUGUCUGGGAAACUCCCCACCUACCCCUUCUCUAAAUCAACUUUAACCUUUGCGUCUCCUUUGGAGUAAAAUGUUGGGUUAGGGGAGGGGUAGGUAGGAAGUUUCCCAGAAACCUAAAUUGAUCCAGAAAAUCUACCAGUACUUGUCCCAGAUGACCGGACAUGAAUUUUUUUCAAGACCUUCUCAUGUUUUUUAAACCAUAAAAUACAUGUAUAAAAACUACAAAUUGUAUUUUUUAUAGGGAAAUGAAACAAAUGAAGGGAAUUGUUAAUCCCUAAAUCUCAAUGUGAUUUCUUUUGUUUUAUUCCCCUCAGCCUUAGAUAAUUCAAAAGUGGCCUACUUGUUUUUCCCUUUGAACAAGUACUCCUUGCAAGAUUUUUGGUGUUAUAUCAGAACUAAUAGUGCCAGUUGUCAUGAGAAAGGAAUAGCAGAAAUGUCAAGAGAAUAUCUUCUCUACUUAAGGCUAAAGGAUUAGCACUUAAAUACAUCAUUCAACAUUUUGUCCCACACAAUUUAGUGACAUGGAAAAAUAAAUAUCCUACAGUAACACAGGUGAGAUCAGGGAUCAAGAAAGUUAACAUUGAUCUUUCAGUGAGUGUAUCUACAGUCUCAGUCAAAAUGGUUGGGACAUUUUGGGGUGUCCUUGUCCCCUCAAUGUUGGUGUACAAGAUUUGGUGACCAAACCGCGAUAAACAACUUUGAGAGGGACGAGGGGAGCACGAGAAGGUAAAAAACAGCGUUUGGUUAAAGUGUCCCAACUAUUUUUGUCUGAGACUGUAGCAAUAUUCAUUUGGUGAUGUCCCACUUUUAGGAGGGUACAAUGUGCAAAAUGCUGCAAGGUGUUGGACAUACUUGACUGGCUUGGUUCUUAAUCAGCAACUCCCCCUUGACAUUCCAGAACAUGAGGUAAAAUAGAACUAUCUCAUAUCAUAACUAUAACAAAAUUCUUCCAUCUGAAUAGUCAGGAUGGUAUUACUGAAUGAAUACCGCCCACAUAGAAGAAUUAGCAGAUUAAGAGCCCUUCAGAUGGAAAUAUGGCCAAUAAAAGCACCUUAUUAUUUUAUAAAAACCAAAUCGUCUCGAUAAAUAUAGCAGGUUCAUUAAGAAAUUCAUUGGGAUGUGCCAUAUAAGUGACAAAAGAAAACAGAAAUUUAUGGAAUGUAAUUAUAGAGAAACAAAGUGUUUUCUGUCGCUACACAAAAUUUUGGCUACAAGGAUGGGUCUUCAAUUUACAAAAUCUCUGCUGGUCAAGACCUUGUUUAUAUAUUGGUAGUCCAAACUUCACUGUGGAACGUGACCUGUAUUCUAGACAUGCAAACAAAAUCUUUUAAGAUAUACAGAUCGAAUAGGACUUGAAUGACUCCUGUUACUAUCAAUAAUUAUUGUUCCCAACAGCUUCCCAAACCAGAGAGUUUUUAUAGAUAUCCUCUUUUUACCUGCACAUGAAUCUUUUAUUUUGCAGUAUUUCUUAUCAUAUGGACCAGCAUAUCAGCUUGAUAUUCCCCCUUCACAGAGACAAGAUAUGAACACACCAGAAGACCUUGCCAAUGUCUUAAACAGUGUAACAGGUAAUUAA